AUGGACAAAACUGGGCCAGUGGUGCACGGGGAUGCUAAAUGCUUUUCAAGGAUGAAGAAACUGAGACUUCUCAAUCUCGCUAAUGUGAACCUCUCUAAUGAUCUUGAAUAUCUCUCUGAUAAUUUACGAAGUCUUGAAUGGGCUGGGUAUCCUUCAAAAUAUUUCCCGUCACAUUUCAACCCAGAGAAACUACUAGAACUUAACAUGUGCCAUAGUCACAUUGAAUCUUUUUGGACGGGUGUUAAGAUUUUAUACAAUUUGAAAGUCAUUAAGCUCAGCCACUCAUUGAAUCUUGUCAACACCCCAGACUUUAGAGGCUUUCCAAAUCUUGAGUAUCUGAUUCUGGAAGGUUGUAUACGAUUGUAUAAGGUCGACCCAUCCCUUGGAAUGCUUGAAAGAAUUACUCAUGUAAACUUGAAGGAUUGCAAAAGUCUUGUGCAUCUUCCAAGAAGUGUGUAUGGCUUAAAAUCUGUCAAAGUUCUUAAUCUCUCUGGCUGCUCAAAGCUCGAAAAGUUGCCCAAUGAGUUGGGCAAUGCAGAGUGUUUGGAGGAGCUUGAUGUGAGUGGAACUGCCAUAAGACAACUGCCUUCCUCCAUUGUUCGGUUGAAAAGCCUCACAGUAUUAAACUUUCGUGGAUGUAAAGGACCAUCACCUAAAUUUUGGAAUUUGCUCUCCCUUUUUCAGCUAUUUCUCUCCCUUUUUCAGCGAUUUCUAAUAAGAAGUCGUGUUCCCACGCCUUUGUUGCUGCCUUCUCUAUCUGGUUUGGUUUCCUUAAAAAAACUUACUCUAAGUGAUUGCAAUCUCUUGGAAGUCCCUAAUGACCUUAGCUGCUUGUCCUCAUUAACCGACCUAGAUCUCAGUAGAAACCAGUUUGUUAGCCUACCCAACGGCAUCUCUCUACUUUCUAGACUUCUAUUUUUUAACUUGGAGUAUUGCGAGAGGCUUCAAGAAUUGCCAGAGGUUCCACAAACAGUAAUAGCAGUUGUUGAUAACUGUAUUUCAUUAGAAAGAAUUGCCAGAGGUUCCACAGAAAGGUGCAAGUUGCUGUUACGGGCACAAUGUAUCAACUGCUUCAAAUUUGCUGAGAUGCACAAUUUUAGGAGUUUGGAAGUCCCUAUUACUCAAGACGUAUUUCAAUUUGUUGUUCCUGGAAAUGAAAUUCCCGAGUGGUUCAAUCAUAAAUCUGCUGAAUAUAUAUACAAUGAGGAGGAGUGGUUCAAUCCUCAAAGUGUGGAGUAUCCAUUAAGUGUGCAGCUAUGUCCAGGUUGGUUUACUGAAAAAUGGAUGGGAUUCGCGGUGUGCAUUGCUUUUGCAAUCCAGGAACGAUCACCUAAUUGCGACCAUGCUCUUAAGUAUCCUAGAUUUGAUUACAAUUAUACACAUAUUAUUACUUGCAAAGUGGACAUCAAUGGAAAGGAGAUGACGGCACGUAGGCGUCCAUUUGUGUUUCUCAAUGCAGAGUUGGGCCAAGCUGUGUCUGAUCACCUAUGGGUACUCUUUUUUCCUCGUCACUUUCCUCAGUUGUGGAAGGGUAUCAGCGAUCAGGUUAAAUUGCCUUCUGGCACAGAGUGGUGGCAAGGUAUAUUUGGUCAGAUUACAUUUUCAAUUAUGGCCAGAGUUGGCCAUGGAGUAAUAGUGAAGCAGUGUGCAGCUCGUCUGGUGUACGAGGGAGACUUGGAAGAGCUUGACCCAAGAUUUAGCCGCCGGACCCGAAGCAAUGUCACCAUUUCUGAGGUGGAUUCAGAAUUCCCCUCUUAUACAAACAAGUAG